AUGCAGUUUGUCGACAUUGCUGUCAACCUUGGCGACCCCAUGUUCAGGGGCAGUUACCACGGCAAGACUCGCCACCCGGACGACCUUGCCGCCGUUGUCAACCGGGCGAACAAGGCCGGCGUCACCCGCCAGAUCCUGACUGGCACCAACCUCCACGAGUCCAAGCUCGUACUCGAGCUCGCCAAGGAGUACAACCUCCAGUCGACUGCCGGAUGCCACCCUACCUCGACCACGGAGAUUGAAAAGUACGACGGCGGCGAGGAGGCAUAUUUCCGCGACCUUGAGGCGUUCAUUGCCGCAGACCGUAGCGACGCGGGAUCCAAGCGCAUAGUAUCCAUCGGAGAGGUUGGCCUUGACUAUGACCGCCUGCGGUUUGCCCCUCGCGAGACGCAGCUCAAGCACCUUCCGCGCCUGUUGCUCUUGUCCAAAAAGUUCAACCUCCCCCUCUUCCUGCACGACCGCCACCCCGAGGCGCACGCUGACCUGGUCCGCAUCCUCGGCGAGGUCGGUUUUGGCGGCGACUGGCCCGGAGGCGUCGUGCACUCGUUCACGGGCACUGUGCCCGAGAUGGAGCAGCUGCUCAAGCUGGGCCUGUACAUUGGUGUCAAUGGGUGUUCGCUCAAAACUGCCGAGAACCUUGUCGUCGCCAAGGCCAUCCCCCUUGACCGUAUCAUGCUCGAGACGGACGCUCCAUGGUGCUCCGUGACCUCGACACACGCCAGCCACGCCCACUUGCCUAAGGGUGUGGUUGUGGUGGACAAGGUCAAGCCCGAGAAGUUUGUCGAGGGCAAGGGCGUCAAGGGUCGCAACGAGCCUGCCGAGGUGGUCACCAUUGCGCAUAUUGUGGCCAGUAUCCGUGGGUUACCCGUCGAGGAGGUCGCCAAGGCGGCGUGGGAGAAUACCAUGAAGGUGUUCUUUCCGGGUGAGGCUUGA